AUGGUGUUCGACUACAUUCCCAAAUCGAGGGUCAAGAACCUCCACCUGUACAAGUACAGCGGAACUGACAAGUCGCUCGUGUCCAAGUACAUCCUCGGCCCCUACUGGAACUGGCUCGUCACGCUCUUCCCCACCUCGGUCGCACCCAACACCAUCACCCUCUCCGGUCUUUUGCUCGUGUUCAUCAACUUUGCCACGCUAGCCUACGUCGACCCUGGUCUCGAAUGCGCUACUCAGCUCAAGCUCGAUAACACCGCGCACACCCUGGCUCUCAACUCGGCCUUCCCUUCCGACGCCAAGCUGCUUCCGGUUAACCCGCUGUUUUCCAACUUUGGCAUCCCGGGUUCCGCAGCCAAGGUCGAUUUCGCACCGAGGGCUGACUCGGCUUCCAGAUGCUUGCCCCCUUGGGUGUUCUACACGUGGGCGCUGUGUUUGUUUGCCUACCAGAGCUUGGAUGCCAUCGAUGGCAAGCAGGCUAGGCGUACCGGCAUGGCUGGACCACUCGGUGAGAUGUUCGAUCACGGAUGCGAUGCGAUCAACACCACGCUCGAAUGUGUGCUCUGCUGCGCUGCUUUGAACCUCGGAAGAUCCGUUUGGGCUCCCGCUUCCCUCGUCGCUACGCUCGCCAACUUUUACCUCACAACCUGGGAAGAGUUCCACACGGGAACGUUGUUCCUCUCCGCAUUCAGCGGACCAGUCGAGGGUAUCCUGAUGAUUGUCUUCAUCUACGCGCUGACAGGAUUCGUCGGCGGUCCGCUCUUCUGGGACCGUGGCAUCCUCAAUGUCACCGGUCUGGCAAAGCUCGACGUCGUCAAGGACAAUCUCGGAAGUCGAUUCAACCUGCCUCUCAACGACGCCUUUCUGGCGUUCGCGUGCUUCGGUCUGCUCUUCAACAUUGCCGGCUCUUACUCCAACGUCGUAGCCGCACGCAAGUCGCGCAAGCAGUCCGCAUUGACUCCUCUCCUCGGCCUAACGCCAUUGGUGCUGCAGAUCGCCGCCAACAUCUAUUGGAUCCGAGCUAACCGCAACUUCAUCCUCGCCGACUCUCGUGCUCUGCUCCCCUUCCUCUCUUACUGGGGCAUCACCUUCGCCUACAACGUGGGCCUGCUCAUCGUCGCACACGUCACCAAAGCGCCCUUCCCGUACUGGAACGCUGGCAUCGUCUGGUCGGUGCUCAUGGCGGUGGAUGCGAAUCUGCCGACGAGUUACGUUCAGGUCAACCCCGAGAGGCAGCUGCAGGUGAUCUAUGCUAGUCUGGUCGGCGCAGGUGCGUUGUAUCUCUACUUCUGCUGGGAUGUUAUCACGACGAUCACGGAGGAGCUGGGCAUGGCUUGUUUUGUGGUCAAGCCGCCCACCAAGUUGAAGCCUCCCAAGAAGAGUCAGUAG